UGGCUCUUGAAACUCAUUUUUAUUUUGUAAGCUUUUCUUACUUAAUUUCUUAUUUUCCUCUGUGUCCGACUUUUAUUUGCAGUUUGUUGCUUGUUAGCAAUAACGAACGUUAGUGUGGCUUCCAGCGUUGGUUUCUUCGUACUCAAUUUGAGAUCAUUGAAAAUAAAGAUAGGAAACUGGCAGCCUCUAUUAAUGUGGGAUUGUAAAAUAGGACCGAUUGUAUAAGCGACGUGAAAAUCAAGCUUCCUUAUUUCAUAGUCGUGGCUCAGGUGUGUUUUGGGACUGUUUAUAAGGUAAAGUCAGAGACAGACACUGGUGGAAUAAAAAAAAAAAUGAGUUAAGAAUUAUGUGCAGGAUGGAGGGAGUGAUUUAAGCACACAACAAAAGUGACGCAAGGCAGAAACUACUACGUAUUGAGCACUGACUUUUAGCCCUGCGUGUCGUAAAUACUUUAUACGAAGACUUUAAUUACUGAAUAUUUAGUGCUAAUUACUAAAUUUAUCAUUCAAAUGUUUUUAGUACCUAUUGUGUGCUGAGUGCUGACGCUAUGACAGUGACCAUUAUAGAUUUGUGCAGUGUCACUGGAGGAAACGAAUAAUCACACAAGUAAAUGCCUAUCUACCUAACUGUUGUUUUUCCGUCGCUAAGUCAUAUCCGACUCUGCGACCCAAUGGACUGCGGCAAGCCAGGCUCCUCCGUCCUCUGCUUGUCUCCCAGAGUGUACUCAAACUCAUGUCCUUGGUUAGAUGACUAUCUAACCAUCUCAUCCUCUACCUAGAAAGAAGUUGAAAAGAAGGAAUGUAAGGUGUUGUGUGGGCAUAUAACCGGGGACUGAAGAAAUCAGUUCAGAUUUUCCUAGGAAUAGGUCAUCUUUCAGCUCAGUUAUUAUGGAUAAGUAGGAAAUUAGGUGACGGUGACUCCCAGUACUGGAGCUCUUCGGAGCCCCCUCCCACCCCCGCCCCCAGAAAGGACACAAAAACGUUUUCAAAAGGAAGGAAGAAAGAUCCAGGCAAAGGAAAUCAGUUCCACAAAGACUUGAGAAUGUUUGGGGAACUGAAGAUCAGAACAGGUGAACUGAGGGUGCGGUUAGUUCCGGUCAGAAAAAUGAUGUGGUGCCUUUUAAACAAUAUUAAGGUUUGGGGACCAGUUUUUUCUUUUCUUUUUUUAAAAACUUUUAUACUGAAACUUUCAAACUACUCAAAUGUAGUGAGAGAACAUUGCAGUUAACUCCUUGUCAUGUUAUCCAAGGUAUUUGGAUCUUAUUUGAAGAGUAGUGGGAGGUCCUGAUGGAUUUUAAUCAGGAAAGUCUCAUAAUCAAAUUUGUAUCUUAAUCAAAAAGGUCACCCUGAUAAAAGACAAAACAACAAAAAAGAGAAUUCCCUGGCAGCCCAGUGGUUAGGACUCCAUACUUUGACUGCCGAGGGCCUGGUUUGAUCCUGGUCUGGGAACUAAGAUCCCAUAAGUUGCGCGUCAUUAAAAAAAAGAAAUGUCACCUUGACUCCUGUGUAGAAACUGAAUUGGAUGGGAACAAGAAUGGAUGUGGGGAAACCACCUAGAGAGGAUGGUACUAGGGUUGUGGUUGUGAAGAUAGGGCAAAUUCAAAGAGUACAUAAUUGAUCUUUCCUUGUGUUAGUAAUUCUAUAUUCAUGCCUUUUGGAGGAAUCAUGGAAGGUUUUCUAAAGGAGAUUGUAUUUGAGAUGGGUUUUGCAAGGUAAAUAACAGUAUGGAGCCCAUUCUGGAAUGAAAAUGUCUUGGUGUCAAAAGGGUAGCUAAUUCAGGGACCUGGAAGGUUUUUUUUGCAGAAGUUUCACCUUUCUCCUAGGAUUUUCUCAUUGAAAUUACUUUUGUCACUAUCAUUGUGAUCCUUGUGAGCAUAUAACCCUCCUUAACAAUUUUUUCUAUUAAUAGAAGAUAGCAAAAAUGUAUGUUCUUCAUUACUGGGAUUACAGCUAAGCUAAGCUAAAACUUUCCAAAAUUUUUCAUUUUUUGUUUUUGUUAUGCACAUAAUAGUUAAUAAACUAGAAUUCACAAAAUAUACAAAUAAUUGUCUUUUUAGUAUUUGAGUCUGAUGCUGCCAUAGUUUGCUCUUGGCGGCCUAAUCCUAUUCUGUAGAAGAUGUAACUGAAAGGUGAUCCAUUGGUUCCUUUUCCCUUGUGCUGAAUGACUUUAUCCUUAAAGGAGAAACUAGUUUCUUCAUAGCAUGCCUAGUGGUACAAUAUCUUGAUUCAAACCCAUAAUCUUAAAAAAAAAAAAAAAAAUAGCCUGUAGUAUGUUUUUAAAAAUAAGUAAAAUUUGUAAUAUGCAUAUUUUUCUUUUCAAAUUCUAGUGUAUACAUUAAAAGAUGACCUUUCUUGGUAGUCUAAAUUUAUUUUGACUGGAUUUUCCUUUUAGUGGAUACAUUCCAGAUAGCUCAGUUUCCUCUGGCUCCUGGCUGAUUUUAUUACUACAGUUGUUGGGAGUGAGUGGGAUAAUAUUUGAGACGGUGUUUAGUAAACUGUGACAUACAAUACAAAUAUAAGAUGAUAGUGGUACUAAUUGGAAGUAAGCAGAAGCAGAAUGAAGGAACUUGUGUUCAUCCGUCCAUUCUGAUGCCCAGCCUCAUACUGGUAACUUCGAUAUUUGUCAGAUGGCUUUUUUAUUUUCUACAUACAGUAUGUACAUGACUUAGGUUCUUUCAUGUUACGUGACUGAUGAUUGUAGAUGCUCAGUCAAUGGAUAUAAAAUUUUUACAUGGUUCAUUUCCAUGUUACUAAUUUAUGGUAGAAAUACCUAAAAUGAUAGUAAGUUUAUGUCCAUUAUAGAAUGAGUUUUUUUUUUUCAAAACCAUUUAUUUAUUUGGCUGCAUUGGGUCUUCGUUGCAAUGUGUGGGAUCUUCACUGUGGCACAGGGGCUUAGUUGCCCCACAGCAUGUGGGAUCUUAGUUCCCUAACUAGGGAUCAAACCCAUGUCCCUUGUAUUGGAAGGUGGAUUCUUAACCAGUGGAUCACCAGGAAAGUUCCUAGAAUGAGUUUUUACUUUAUAAUUCUGUGCUGUGUUUGCAAUUAGUAAUUCAGUAUAUUUUUUUCCUUGUUAGUCUGUAAACUUCCUAUUAAUGGAUACUGAGUUUGUCCUUCUACCAUUAGUUCUAAACUAGUACCUUGCACACAGCAGUGGGAGGUUCAGUAAAUAUACAAAUGUUUUUUAAAGUUACAUUAGUGAAAUGAAAAGUGAAAUUUCAUAGCCAUGUUGAAAUUAAAACUUUGAGACUAAGUCUGAAGGUGUUUCUUACUAUAAGUCCUUGUAACAGAGGCUAUAAUUGGGGACUGGGAAAAGAGAAAGGAGCAUAACAUUACUGUAGUCUCGAUAUUUCUUUUGUUCUGUGAACAACCUUCUUAGGAGGAUAAUUAUCUCCAAGUUACAAGUUAGGCAACUGGUACUUAGAGAAGUUAAACAACUCUUAAGCUCAAAAAUGAUGUAGCCAUUAUUCCAGCACAGGAUAGUUUGAAUGCAAGGUUUGUUCUUCAUUCUCUUUUGUUCUCAUGGAACAAGUGAAAACAAUUUAUCAAUAGCUUAAACUAUGAAAUGACAAAACAUUAAUAAUUUGCUAGAGAAUAAUAACUUAUUAAUGGGAAACAUAGUGAGAUGCUUUAAGGAUGGCUUCUCCUUGCUCUGCACUUGGCUAAGCACCUUGGAGGGCUUCCCUGGUAGAGCAGCUGGUAAAGAAAGUGAAAGUGAAAGUUGCUCAGUGGUGUCUGACUCUUUGCAACCCCGUGGACCACAUAGUCCAUGGAAUUCUUCAGGCCAAAACACUGGAAUGGGUAGCCUUUCCCUUCUCCAGCAGAUCUUCCCAACCCAGGGAUCAAACCCAGGUCUCCUGCAUUGCAGGUGGAUUCUUUACCAGCUGAACCACAAGGGAAGCCCAAGAAUACUGGAGUGAGUAGCCUAUCUCUUCUCCAGUGGAUCUUCCCAACCCAGGAAUCAAACCAGGGUCUCCUGCAUUGCAGGCGGAUUCAGCUGCAUUGCAGCUGGCAAAGAAGCUGACUGCUUUAUAUCAGGAUCUGUCAAUGUUAGCACUUGACAUUUUGGGCAAUACUUUCUUGUGGGGACUGUCUUAUGCACUGUAGGAUUUUCAGCAGCAUCCCUGACCUCCUCUACUAGAUCAGGAGCACCCUUCAUCCCAGUUGUUUUGACAACCCAGAAAUACCGCCAGCCAUUGCCAGAUGUCUUCUUAGUGGCACAGUUGCCUCCUGGUUGAGACUCACUGCUUUAUCUUUAUACCAUAGUUUCAUAAAAACAAUACUAAUAUAUAAAUGUUUUCUCUUUGAAUGCAACUAAUUUUUUAAAAAGUGAAUACUGGGUUUUAUGGGCUCUGUGGCUCAGUGGUGAAGAAUCCACCUGCAAUGCAGGAGAUGUGGAGACACGACUUAGCAACUGAACAACAACAAAUAUUCCUUUGUGUGUAUAUACUAUGUGUUGUUCAGACAUUUAUCUGUUGGUGGACAUCUGGGUUGCUUCCAUCUCCUUGCUUUUGUGAAUAAUGCCUCAGCCACCAAGUUCUUUUCUACAGCCACUGCGCCAUUUUACAUUUCCACCAGCAGGGUUCCAGGGCUCUAAUCUCUCCACAUCCCUGUCAAUGCUUCCUAUUUUUGUUUUAUUAAAUAAUAACUAUUCUAAUAUGUAUAAAGUGGUAUCUGAUUGUAACUAGUGAUGUUGAGCAUCUUUUUCAUGUGCUUAUUGGCUGUUCAUCUAUCUUUUAGAGAAAUGUCUGUUCAGAUCCUUUGCCCAGUUUUGAAUUGGUUUGUUUUCCCUGCUGUUUUUAAGUUGUAUUUUUCUAUCAUUCACUUGAUAGCUGCAAACCUUUGACUGCUUUCCAGAGUUCUGACUAAGUUGUUUCUAACAGUUUCUGCUUAUCUUUCAGUGUUUCUGUGGAGAUAGGAGCUUGCAACUGCCUGUUCCCUCAUUUUGCUGACAUCAGCCUCGAGUUCAUUUUGGGGGUGGGGAGGGUGGUUUACUGGAGUAUAAUUAUUUACAAUGUUGUGUUACUGAUAGUUUCUGCUGUGCAGCAUAGUAAGUCAGUUAUAUGUAACUCUUCUUUAGAGUUUGUUCCCAUAUAGGUCAUUGCAGUAUUGAAUGGAGUUCCAUGUGCUAUUCAGUAGGUUCUUAUUGGUUACCUGUAUUAUAUGUAGUAGCUUAUAUAUGUCAGCCAAGUUCAAUUUUUAAAUUUUAAAUCUUGGAUAUAUCUAGAAUUUAUUUUUGUGAUGGUGACUCCAUAUGAUUGUUGAGUUUAUUUAAAAGUCCCAUCUUUUCCUGAUUUUUUUUUUUUUUCUUUUAGUCUGUAAUAAUAGUGUGGAUUCCUCAUGGGUUUUUGUUUUAUUCAAUGAGUAUAAUCCAUUAAUAUCGUCAUUUACUUUGAUGUUCCAUUUCCCAGAUUUGUCCAGUGGGAGCCUCUUCAUGUAGUUUCAGUGUCCUUUUAUGUCUUCUUCAUUCACUGAGCACCGUCUUACAUUCUGGAGCAUAAAACAAAAGAGAAUGAAAGAAGUAGAUAAUCUUGAAAGUAUAAAGGAAGAAUGGGUUUGUGAAACAGGAUCUGACCACCAACCUCUUAGUGAUAGUCAACAAACAAAUUGUGAAUAUUUUGUUGACAGCCUUUUUGAGGAAGCUCAGAAGGUUGGUGCCAAAUGUUUGUCUCCCACUGAACAAAAGAAACAGGGAGUGAAAAGUGAAAAGAAAGUGAAGUCACUCAAUCGUGUCCGACUCUGCGACCCCGUGGACUGUAGCCUCCAAGGCUUCUCCAUCCGUGGGAUUCUCCAGGUAGAUGUAAGUAUAAAAUUAUGGAAAAAUGGAUUCACUGUCAAUGAUGAUUUCAGAAGUUAUUCUGAUGGUGCAAGUCAACAGUUUCUGAACUCCAUCAAAAAAGGGGAAUUACCUUUAGAAUUACAGGGAGUUUUUGAUAAAGAGGAGGUGGAUGUUAAAGUUGAAGAUAAGAAAAAUGAAAUAUGUAUGUCAACAAAGCCUGUGUUCCAGCCCUUCUCAGGACAAGGUCACAGACUGGGAAGUGCUACACCAAAAAUUGUUUCUAAAGCAAAGAAUAUUGAAGUUGAGAAUAAAAAUAAGUUGUCUACUGUCCCACUAAACAAUCUGGAACCCAUCACUAAUAUACAGAUCUGGUUAGCCAAUGGGAAAAGGAUUGUCCAGAAAUUUAACAUUUCUCAUAGGAUAAGCCACAUCAAAGACUUCAUCGAAAAAUACCAGGGAUCUCAGAGGAGUCCUCCCUUUUCCCUGGCAACUGCUCUUCCUUUCCUCAAAUUGCUAGAUGAAACACUCACACUGGAAGAAGCUGAUUUACAGAAUGCUGUAAUCAUUCAGAGACUCAAAAAAACCGCUGAACCUUUUAAAGAACUUUCAUAGCAUUGAUUUUUGAUACACUAAAUGGAAAGUUUCCCAAAAAAUGAUGGUCAUAAGUGGACAUGCAAAUCAAAACAAGGGAAAGUCAGAUUUGCUGGGUUUUGCACUGUUUAAUUCCCUGCUGAUGAGAUUUUAAAAUAAGUACAAGUUAGGAAAGUAAACUAUUACUGGAAACUAUAUUCAGUGAACUCUUUCCAGAAGGCUACUCAGAAAGAAAAAUAUACUUAUUUUCAAAUACCAUUUAUUCAACAUAAGAUAUAUUCAAUAACUAUAGCAUCUAAAAUCUUAAUAUGGUAUAAAGUAGGAAAUAUGUGCAUAGCAUCUUUCAUUCAAAUAUCAUUCCCAAACAGCAAUGAUGUGUUUAAAUGUUAACUGUCUCAGAUUUUUUAAAUGGCAAUACAUUAAAAAAAUUGUACAUGGCAGGUUAAAAGCAUCAAUGUAAUUUUCUCAUAUGUGAGAUACAAUCAUAAGGCUGAAAGGGUCUGCUUUUACCACAGCUUUACGUAAACCUCAGAAGUGUUCCCAAUUUGCAUACUCCAACAGUCAAAUAUUAACAAUAUCUGGGAUGUACUUUCAUUUAAGAAUAAAAUUGUGUAGCUUAGUAUAAUGUCA